GAAACUUGCUGCAGCUCAUUGUUUGAGAAGGCUAGCAGUCGCUUUACACAGUGCACAAAAACAAAAUUGUCUUUCUAUUCGAGGACACUUAGUUAAGUUGGAACGUCUUCUCUAUGAAAAUAUUGAGAAGCCCGACCCCCUGAGUCGUUUAGUUGCUGUCAACUUUGCCGGUCUAAUAUAUCCAUCUGAUCACAUCCCUACGAGGUAUCUUAUACUGCAGGCAUUGGGCGACAAGGAUCCCCGCGUAAGAGCUGAAGCAUGCGUGGCUUUCGAACAGUUUCUUGACCCUAAUAUUAUUCAUGACAUCGUCUAUGGGCGCGUUAAACUACCAUCUUUCGUUGAAUUUGUUAAUCAUGUGAGUCGUAUACAAAAUAACAUACAUAUAUGAGUUAUUUAGGAAACAUUUUAACAUCAGAACGCUGUUACUUGGACCGAUGCACAUAUGUGCCUGGUCCUAUGUUGUAGCUGACUGACUGACUUGAGAACAAUUCAUUGUUAAGAAGUAUUUGGUUGACGUUAUUUCUUGAUGCAUAACUUUCUACCACAUGAAGCACAGUUCCACCGAGCCUAGAAGUAGGAAUCGACAAUCGACUCGUGUUAUGGUGUGGUCAUAAUUUAUAAAGGCUUUCUAGCUGACUAUUUAGUUCUAUACCACGGUUUUCUUCCUUUUCGAAGUGACUGGUUGGGGAAUUUUGGUGAACGUUUCUCAUAAAUUGUGAGAUUCUGUUUAAUGUGUUCAACCCUUAAAUAUAACUUACGAGUAAAGAAUUUGGCGUCUAUUAAAGUCGAUUUCCAUUAGUUUAUAUUAUUCAGUGUGAAAUCAGCUCAUAAACUUUCAGUACAUUUUUACUACUAUUUCCAAUCAGUAAUAAAUUCUCAGUUUACAAAUUCUAAUAAUUAUGGUCGAUAUAUAAUUGAUUAACUUAAAUGUAUUUUUGGUUAAUAUACUGGGGUCAUCGUCAAAAAGCCUCAACUAUUGAACUAGUCUCUUUACUUUAGCUAACGGGAUAAUUAAAAAGAGAAUAGAAGCAGUCGCGUUCAUUGUACGAAAAUCAGUAUUGCAAAACAUUAUUAUAACGCACGAACAUAUCACAUUCAUCAUAGUUGGUUUGAACUAUGAAAGCGUCACUCUUAUAAUGACAAUAAAAUUCUAAUUCGCUUAUCACAACUCGAAAGGGUGUUUAAUUUGUUUCUCAAAAUAGUACCCUAGUUUACACUUUCUGAUAUACUGGGUUCUGACGAGAAGAAACGAUGUCGUAUGCUUUAUAACUGAUAAUUAUAAGCUAUUAAUAUAUUCCUUCUCCGUAAUUAUACUGUCGAUAUCUCACGAACUGCAUCUCCGAAUGAAAUCACGAGACUUAUAUGCUGUGAUGACAUCUUAUUUGAUGUAACUAAUUUUACGUUUUCCUUACAACAGUUUAUUUAUACAAUGGUGAUGCUUUGGUGAAUGAUGUCGAAAAAUGUUUACGAAUAAUUUGUUUUCCCUAAAAUUUCUGUCUUUACUUUUAGGAUACUCAACAUUCACGUAAAAACCCGUUUGUUGAAGUGGAACGUCUGAUUCCGGUAAAUAUCGUAUUUCUGGAAUUUUCAUUGUAAUAAUCUGAAGUUUGGUUGUGUUGUACAACUAUACAUGGUUCUUUAUGAUCAAAGAUUCACAGUUGAAAGAAAUAUUAACUGGAUUAACUGUGUUUAUCGAUAACCUGUGAAGAAUAUAUUACCAAAAUAUUUUAGUAUCUCUGGUUCGCAUCUGUUUAAGAGUUUCAGUUGUGAUAACAAGAAAUAAAUGAAGUUCAACUCAUAAUUUAUGGUAUUUAACAUUCAGUUAGGGAUGGUCUGAUGCCUUUAGUUUUACCAUUCUUCAACCGUCCUGUCUGGCGUGGUAGGGCCUUAUGCAAUGAUUGUUCCAGUCAGUGUAGCCUGAUUGGUCCAUCAUGUUAAGUGGCAUCAGUGCUUGAAGUCACUGACUUCUAGUCUGAGCCAUGUUGGUAGAUGUAGACUACUUGGUUUUGGUCCGCGUGACUAUCGCAACCAACGGUUGGAGACUCUUGGUGACAUGACUCAGAAUUGAUCACAGUGGUAUAGGUGUAUACACUCUUUGUCUUCCCUUAAACUUUGAGUUUAAAAUUGCUUCAUAUCUUUCUUUCUACGAACAAAUUCUUUCUUCCUGUAAUAUAUCCUCAUACACAAUCUUUCUUUUAUAUAUUGAUAUCAUUGAAGUAACUACUUCUACGAAUUUAUUGUUGAUCUUGUUGUGCUAAUGAGGUAUGGCAACUUGGACCGAUGCAUGUAUGUGCCUGGUGCUACGUUUUAGCUGACUGACUGAUUGUAAUCAGUCGCAAUCACAAUAAGGUGGGUUUUCCGCCACCCAACUUCCCCAACUUCGAAGUGUGACAGUUACGAAGAUCAAUACCUGGAAUCGUUAUCUCUCAAUUUAAACUUAUUUUAUGGAUUGAUGUGAUUUCGUGGUCUCCGCAACGACGGAUUUCUCUAACAUAUUUCUGAUCUAAACACCGCUCUCACUGGUGUCACUCACAUCUCAUUGUACAAACUCGUUAGUUUUAUAACCUCCGGAAUAUUCAACUUUUACCACAAUACACUUUGCCCAUUACUUAAAAUAUUCGUGGAAAGCUUCUGUUUUGUUUUUCGGGGGACGAAGAGAAAUGCCAGAGCACAGUUCUAGUGAUUGAGAACAAUAAUCUAGUAUAGUGAUCGAACAACCCAAAAUUUUGUAAUAUUAGUGUUUUUUAUCUUGGUUUGCGAGUUUACUAAACGGGGCAGAGAAAUUACAAUUUUUAUAAGUAAGUAAAUAAACAAUCAAGUCCAAAUUCUUCCACGAUGAUAAGUGUUCACUUUUAACGUCAUAUGUUGUUUGCUGGGUUGUGUGCAUUACUUAGAGUUCUGGUAGCUUAAUUCGCGUAUUUACCGUGCAGAACAUAUAUAUUUCACUAAUCACCAUAUAUUGAUUCUUGUAGGUGGUUCAGUUUAUUCGCUUAUGCUUGUUGGCAACCCAUGGUGGUUUAACACCUGCACAGGAGGCUGGGCUUACUUACGAAACGGAAGAAGAGGUUCGAUAUUUGAUUAACCAAACUGUAAGGUACUUUCUUUCUGCUGGAAACUUGACGACAACCGUAUCUCAAACCCCUCUUUCAGUUAACAACACAACAACCGUAUCUACAACUUCAACGAGUACCUCUAUUUCCACUGGUGCGAAUGUUCCAGUUAUCAAUCCUGAACAAGCGAAACGCAGUAUCGACACUUAUUUUCGUCUUAUUCAAGUGGUUAUUUUCACGCGAUCGCAGCACACUAAAGAUUGUUAGUUUUAUUUUAUUUUCAUCUCACCUAAUUUUCUGAAAAAUAUCUGAAUUUAUUUUGCAAACGAAAUAUCACAAAUCAUCUAUACUCUUGUGAAUAUUAAGAAAAACUUCUCAACAGGCAAUACUUCCUGUACAUAUAAAAAAGCAUUACACUAUAUUAUCACCUGUAAAUUAAGCCGAAAUUUAUCGUUGUUAUGAUAGGGUGUUAACAACUCCAAAAGUAUACAUGAAUGUCAUUCCCCCUAAUGUUGUUAAGGUUUUACAUUCGAAUUUAGAUACUAGUAGUAGAAAAAAUAAUUAGUGUUUGAUGUAUUAAUCAAGUCAGUAUCAGGCAACCUAAGAAAUAAAACAACCAUUCAUAAUUUGCAUCAGGCAAGCAAAGCAAAACUGUAAGACCGAGAGUUGAUGAAAGACCUCGCAAAAGAAUUCUUUAAGUGAAAAUUUGGUGGUAAUAUAAUGCACGGCAUAUGUUAUACUACUAGCGACACCGUGGUGUAUCACACAAAAUCUCUCGCAAAAGACAAUUAUUAUUUCAUCAAGCCCCUGAUUUCGAGUUCUAAUACUCCUCAAUCCACUUCUGUACUUCAGUAGCUGUUUGCUGCGUAUUACAAUUAUGCACCAGACUCUUGUGAUUUUCUCCUUGGUAAUCGUCAUUAAAUUUUUAUCUUAAAUAAGCAGAUUCCUAAAUCUGUGAUAUAUAUAAAUGCAAAUAAUCCGUAGAUAUGCAGCAACAGUUGCUUGAGUGUUUUAUCUUGGUUUUAUUCAAAACCAGGUUAUAAAACUUGUUCUUAUUUUCCUUAAAUCUUACAGCUCCAGAUUUCCCAAAUUAUCUAGAAGAGGUUUUGGUUGGCAAUACCAAAGAAUUGAUUACUUGUAAUAAGCAACUUUUUGAUCGUAUGAAUGUGAGUUUCCUUAAUAUAUAUCGAAUAAAAAUAAGUAAUCAUUUUUUACCGGCGUACUACAAUUUAUCUUCUCGUCAAAUAUUUUUCUACUUGUUUACAAACCAACUUCUUUGUUUUCAAGUACUUGUUUUUUUAAAAAUGACUGCCUCCAAACCUAAUUUUACCUGCUCUCAGAGAUUUUAAGUUUUUCUAUCGUCCAACACACUGAAAAUAUUCAAAAUCUCUAAUAAGCCAAAUUUUGACAGUUCGUAAUGUUACGUUUUUAAGCUUAUGGUGAUUCCAAACAUCGAUCAUUUGGACGAACCGGAUGACUGAUACACAACAUUUAAACAACAAUCUCUCACACAAUUUAAGAGAAAUAGAUCAGGAUUUCUGAAAAUGGUCCUAGUAUGCAAAGAAGUGAAAAUUUUUGUAGAACUUUUCCUAUACAAUAGCAAAUCUGAACCGGAUACACGAAAAAAUAGCAAACGAAGUGUUAGAACAGCUAAUCAGAUAGCAUAAGACCCAGUGAGGAUAUAAAAUAAAAUAGGUUACUUUGGGCGUCCCUACGUAUUUGAGCUGUCGUUUUUCGAAAUGUUAAUGAAACAGAUAUUUUAGAUUAAAUAAAUACUUUUGGUUUUUGAAAUAAGUUCAUUGCAUUUGAAAUCUUACGGUAUUUCUUCUCUUAAGUUUGUCAAUUUUUUCAAUUUACACUCUCUCUUUCACUGCUUUGCAUUUUUGUUGGUAACAUCUAAAAUUUAAAAGCAUCAAGGAAAGUGUUUAGUGGUUAUGUUGAGUUCUUCUGGCUGAUCUUCACUGAGUUUUCUGUGUUGUAGGUUCUAACACUCCACUCAUAUUUUUCCUUUCAUAAUUACCUCUAAAGGUUUUCUACGCACUGACACAUUUUACGCAUGCUUGAUUUCUGUUACAUCCGCAAACACUGAUUCAUCAGUCUAAUAUAAAAUAUCAUCUGGUUGUCUUUGCUCCUGACUGGUCUCAGUAUGCAGUUUAUUGUUCGAUGCAUUCGUCCCAUUAAUUCCUCUCCUAACGAUUUCUGUUGUACUGGGUACUCUUGUAAAUGAAUAGGAUACACUGAAUUAUCUCUGCUAGAGCAUGUUCCCUUUUUUAAUCAAAUCUGCUCCUUGAACUGUCCACAAGUCUUUGAAUCUUUCCAUUAGAUUAUGGAUGGUAUAGUAGUGUGCGAAUAUAAUUUUCAGUGGUGCGUUAACAAAAAUCAGUGUACCAUUUGGACUUAAAUUCGAAACCAUCCUCAAUAAUCACUUUCUUUGGAGUUCUGCGGUAUUACGAGCAUACGUCUAGCACAAAAUCAUGUACUUCUGUUAUAGAACUGACAAAAUUGAGGUGUAUUGUGACUCAUGAAUAUUCUGAAUCUUUCGGUGGGUUCCUUGAUCUGCGUUGAUGCUCCUCACAUUUUCACUAUUUGUUUAUUCUGUGCAUCUAUUUUCGGUUAUUAUGCGUAACUGAAUUCAGUCGAUCUAAUCUGAGCAAGACCUGGAUAUUGAGCAUAAACUAUAAAAACGAGUAAUUUGAGUUCUUCCAAGCAUAUCUUAUUUAUUUUUUAAAAUUUAAAUUGCUCCGUUGUUUUCUAGAAUGUAUUGUUGGCAACCCCUAGAGGAGCGAGUUGUCGUCACGCUUGCGCUUCUGUCUACAGUGUAGUUGUUAUGGAAACUGAAGCCCCCUCUCAGGCUUUGCAAACAGCAAAAGGUAUGCUGGCUACACUUCCCAGCCCAGGUUCUGUUAUCGAUGGCGAAUCGUCCCAUGCAGUUCAGGGCAUGUUCAUGGGUGCAGCUUAUCUUCUCGAACGGUUAUUCACGGCUUAUGUUGUACCAUUUAAUUCCACUGGUGUUACUUCUAAAACCAAUAAACAGUCUUCAGCGGAACAAACAAAAAAGGGAAAAAAAGAAAAACAACAAAAUCAUAGAAACCUCCAAACUGAUAUUAUUCGAACCAUAGAGGAACUGCUAAGUCUAAUGGAUGGAUUUUUGGUAAAGCCUAGUCAGCUUGUUGAUAGUCUAAAAAUAAAUAACACAAAAAAUACUCUGGACAACGAUGGAUAUUGCUAUGUUAAUUCUAGUGUAUCACAAGCUACAGUGGUUGCAUUACUCGAGGCACUUGUUGUUAUUGGCAGAGCUGGUUGUUUAUCGCAUCUUCCAUCCGGAACAUUACCCAUUGAAGGUAACAAUUCGACCACCUCAUUACUGAGUUCCAAAGCUUCAUUUGUUCAUCGAAUUGUAUCAUAUCUGCCAACCGUUAGUGAAGAACGUUCCUCAUCGUCACUCAGAUAUCCAAGAGUUUCACAAGCUGCUCUUCGAACUUUGGCAGCCGUUUGCAUGGGUGAAGGUUAUCAAACCACAAAAGAUGAAGCAUCUCAUUCUUCAGAAUCUAAAGCAACCGAAAACUCAAAACCCAAAUGUCAUCCCCACACGAUUUCUAUUAUGAAAAUUAUGGUGGGUACGGCUGAAAUUAACGACCCAAGCCUUCAUUUAGCUGUAGGGACUGCCCUAGCUGACUGCAUUCUUGGACCUAUAUCACCCUAUCGGUUUCAUUGGUAUGAAAGGAAUUAUCCUCUUGUCAUUCCAGCACAUAGUUUAAAUGCUGCUGUUACCGGACCAAAUGCUCGAUGGUUGGCAGAACAGCUUCGAUCACUACUUACCCCCCGCCCAGGACAGGUCCAAACACGACCAGUGACAAUCGCUGCAACUUUAUGGAUUCUUAACUUAGUUCGGCGUUUGGGUCCACUUCCAAAAUCACUACUUUCUUACCAGUUGCUAAUUGAUCUUUUGGACCAAAAAGAUGAGUCCGUUCAGUGCGUUGUUGUUGCAACUUUGGGCUUAAUUUAUGACAGAAGUUCAGAAGACGAACGUUCAGAGCUUAUUACAAGUUUAACACAAGCAAUCGGAGAUGAUAAAAAAUCCAGUUCUCCAGUUUAUCAUGAACUGUGCAACUUAGCUCAACAAAUUGGACGCCCAGACUUGGCUUUAUCAUUAAUUGUGUUAGCCAUCGCUCUCCCAUCAACGGCACGUAACACCAAUGCUUCUGGGAAUCCUCAAUCUGGAAGUUGUUUUUCUAAUAUAGCAUUCAAUUUGGCAUCAAGCGUUACUUAUUCAAGUCUAGUACGACGACUCGGUAGAUCUUUAGCUCCCGCUCUCCCACGUCUAGUACCUCGAGUAUUUGUCCGUCGUUUUGAUUUUGCUCGGCCUAAACUUCGUCAGGCAAUGGAGAAUGUUUGGCUUGGUUUGGUUUUAUAUGCAACUAAUUCGGCAACACCAUUUCUAUCAACUAACACUUCAUAUCCUAAUAUAUCUGGUUCGUCAUCAACAAUAACAAGUCCAACCAAUCAAAAUACUCAGUUGCCUUCAUCACCCGUACCGAAUUCAUUGCAUUCUUUAGUUUCGGAAAUGAUUGAAGCACAUUUCAACGCGAUCGUAUGUGAGAUCAAAACUCAACUGGGAUUUAACACAUUGAGCUUUCAUUCAACACAAAUGGGUGGCAAUUCUCCUCAAUCAACCACAAACGUUCCUAACGGUUCGGGAACAUUAUCAACAAAUAAAAUACCCUCAAACACUUCGCAAAACAGUGGUACGGGCACACAAAACAUGCGUUUAAGAGAUGCCUGUUGCUUGGCUAUAAGUAGUUUAGCCACACAUCCUUCAGCUGAUAAGCGUCUUGCAGGGCAUUUGCCCGCUCUAUUGUCUGGACUCCUUAAUCUAUGUGAUGAAUCUGAAUCAAGUGACAUGCUUGAAAAUGAUAAUUCAGGCAUCACAACUCCCGCUGAAGAAGCUGCCAUCACUGUACAAAAACUUGUUAUACGUGUUCUGGAAAAUCCGUGCUCUCGUGAAGCAGCAACUGGACUGUUGCCUGGUUUACUUCCAGUGAUUAUUGAGCGUGCACCAUGGUCACUAAGUGCAGAGACGGCUUCGAAUAAGAAUGGCCGUCAACCUUCUAGUGAGUUACGACGACUAGCACUUGAACUUCUUUUAGCAGCUGCUCGUACUGCACGUCCAUCUGCACUACGUCCUGCUCUUCCACAGCUCGUAUUAUCCGGAUUACAAGCAAUGUCUUCUAUUCACCCGUCGGUCGUUGCUAAUUUAAUGCGACAGCCUAUUCAUCAUCUACAUAUUUAUUCACAGGCUGCUCCAAAUUCAUUGAAUUCCACCUCAGGAUUAACAUCAGCAACGAACAUUUCACUAAGUGCUGCUCCGUCUAAUAACCCUACUCAACAGUCUGUAUUACCUUCAAUAAACCCGGCUUCAGCUUGCAAGGAAGUUCAAAUGGCAGAAGUUCUGAGAUUAUGUGUUCGGCUGCUUGAUGAUAUUUGCCUAUCACGCCUCAUUGUACCAUUCACUGAACUCUUGAAGGCUGGUGGUGGAUCUUCUUCUGCAACUAUAGGCUCUAGCAGCGCUAGUGGAGGUAGUAGCGGAACUGGAGCUAGUGGUUCAGCUUCUAUUGCGACUGCUGCUUGUGUUUUCAUAAUUCAUCUAGCUGCAGCGAAUACAAACGCUUUGGCUGUCUCUCCUAAAACAACUACAUGCAUAAGGUGUGCAGCUUCUAGAUCGCAACUUGUAACCAGUGGUCUAGAUAAUUCAAACAGUUCUCCUAGUCAUAAAACAUAUAAUUCACCAUCUGGAUCAUCACACUCAUCACCUUCUUCCUUGUAUGGAUUGUCUCCCCCAACUCCUCCUUGCAGUUCUGCUUAUGAGGUUAGCGCACACUCUUUAAGCUCUGGGGCAAUUGACUCACCAACCCUUGGGAAUCGAUCUCGUACAAUGCUUCAGAGUCAAAAACACAAUUCAGUCGCUAACGGGUCAUCCAAUGUGCCUGAUGGUACUAGUUAUUCUAAUUCGUGUUCUGGUAAUCAAAUAAACUCUGUUUGUUGCAACUCUACUGGUGAUGGUUUCGCCUCCCUUGCUCCUCAUACGGGAAAGCUUUUGGCGGCACUCUUAUCUGCGCUUCCUGGUGCUUGUCGCCAUCCAAACUCAGCUGGGAAAGUUAUUCAAGAGGAAAUGGCUAGAACUUUAGCCAGUCUUUUGCGGUUUGCCAAAGAGACUAGUGUUACAAAACUGUUCAACCGUGUACGUUCGUGGUACUUACAACCAGAACAAGCUACAGCCGGUUCAGAUGGUGGUGUACAGGGUGGUAGUAACAUUUCAAUAAGCCAUUGGGCAUGUGUUCGUGUGCUACAUGCUGUUGCUCAUCAUUGUCCUGAUCUCCUAUAUGCUCAUGCUUGUAUUACUUUACCACUGAUUUUCUUAAGCAAACAGGUUGAAAGUGAGGUUGAAAAUUUAAUUUCUUCCAGAACAAGUAGUGCUAUCUUUCACUCGAAAAAUCGUAAUGUUGAUAUCAAUUCUCUUUGUGCUUCUCAUCGCGAAACAAAUACAAGUGUUUCUCCAUAUAUUAAAGAAAGCAUAUCAACGAAAUUGAAUCCCAGUGAUUUAGACAUUUACCAACAGUUGUGGCGAGAGUGCUGGGAAGAGUUGAUUUCUCGCAUUCCCUCGGCUCCAUGUUCACCUCAGUCUGUUUUGUUUUGGCCUAAUGCAGUAACAUUGGGUUUGAAAUCUAUUCUUCCAUUGGCUACAGGUUUAGCAAAUAGUUUCUUACGACGACCUCUUUUGGAUCAUUGUACACAACUGUUAUAUGACGCUCUUCUUGAGUCUCCUAACUGGUCAGUACAUAAUCAGGCUUCAUUUGCUAUACUUCAACUAGCUAUUCGAAUGCUUGGUCAACCAUUUUCCACUUCUCCCAAUACAAGCGUUAACAAACACAGUAGAUGUUAUGGUCGCAUCCGAACAAGAACUAUUCACGAAACUUCUCCAGCUACUGUCAUAAAUGCAGGUCCAGCCAAUACUGUCCAAGAUUCACUUAAAUCUGGAGAUAAGCAAUGUCGGGAUCUGAAUAAAUGCACUUCGUUAGAAGUUAAUGGUAACGAGGUUGAAAUUCAAGAAAUUUUCGAACGAAAGAUCUUUGAUUUAGAGGAAAAUGAGAUCAUGAAUGACAAUGAUGACGAUGGGUUUUCAGACGAUGUUGAAGAUGAAGUUGAUGAUAUUUUGGUCGAAAAUGAAGAAUCUGCAGUUCAUGCUUGGCUCAUUUUAGUUCAGUUAACUGCCACUGCUCUCAAUAAAUGUAAACCGUGGCCUGGAAAGGUUUACCUGCUCCGAGCAGCAAGAUUAUUAGGCGAAUUUGCUCUAGAGCAACAGAACAUUAUCGAGGAGCCAGCGAAUCAAGACGUUAUUCACCAAAUGUGGUGCGCUCUUUUGCGCGAAACUCAAUCAAGACGAGCUGAAGGUAUCAAAAGUGGUUACCAGGCUGAAGCUUUCCUGACACUUGCAUCGUUCGCUGAAGCAUGUGGUAUUGAUGCGAUCGCCGAUAAUCAUCCCUACUCAACUGUUGAUGGCAAUCCCGAAGAAAAUUCUUCAACGGAAUCGCAUAGUGAAUUUAUCGAUCGUCUCACCAAGUUAUUUGUGCUGAUUAUUCCACAGUGGUUAAAACGUGGGAAAAAUGCUACACAAAAUAAAAGUUUAGAAAAUUUGAAACUUAACACCAAACUCAAUGAGUUCGAACUUGAACAGGCUGUCAGAGCUGUCGGGAUUAUAUGGCCGCUUAACGCUACGAAAGAACAUUUGCAUCGUUUCGCUGAAACAAUAAUCCUAUUGAACAAUGUUAUGACCCAAACUGGGAAACAUGUUCAAAUCUCUUGCUUGGCAAGUGCAUUAACAAUACUUGCGAAGCUGAGUCCAGAACAAAGUGCGCAUAUAGUCGAUUGUGCCGGCAAAUCAGCUUCAAGGUGUUUCUCAGAGUUAGGAUUAAAAGAGUUCAUUGGCAAACUAAAAAAAUCAGCUGAAAACCAAAAAUCCCAGUUACUCAGAGAACAUGCUCUGAGGACAGUCGCAGGAAUUCUAAGACAUCCAAGUUUCAUGAACCUUUGCAAGGAUUCAAUUCGUCAGCUCUUACAAUCAUUUUCGAAUGAUGGCGUUCAAGCUUUGCGUGAUUGGGCUUCUCAACUUAUGAACUCACUUUGAUGGACAUUACGGAUGUAUUUACUCUGUACGUGGUAAUAUUUUGAAUCAACGACACAUCUUCUGUAUGAGUCAGUUUUAAAACUAACCAUUUAAUAUACUUAUUGAAGCUUCAUCUACUAUUCUAAUGGCUAAUUUAAUACAAUUCCAUAAAAGACGCCUCGUUUAACCUCUGAUUCUUGUCAAACAAAAACAGUCAUUAUAAACUGAACAUUUUAUUUUUCGAAUUACGGUUAGAAAUCUUAUACGGUGUUUCGUCCUAUAUUCAAACGACAAAACCUCCAACCGACCACUCAGCUGCCUAUUAAAGAAAAAAACUUUUAUUAAAUAUACACUACAAAUGUACUUUAACAUGUAUGAACAAGGCAAUAGGCCUACAAUGCGUAUGUAUGUACACCCAACAAAAAUUGUAUACUUUUGAGCUAAAUACAUAAUUACUCCAGUAG